UUUAGUUUGAAUCACAAACAUUGAACCUUGAACCAAUCUAAAACCCUGUUAGAGGGAUUUGUGCUGUGCUGAAAUCCAAUUCAAGUUGGUUUCAAAAACUGAGGAAAUGGAUUUGAGCUCUAAAUCCUACAAAUGGAAGUAUGAUGUAUUCUUGAGCUUUAGAGGGGAUGAUACACGUAGGAGUUUCACAAGCCAUCUUUAUCAUUCUCUUUGCCAAAAGGGUGUCAAUACUUUCAUAGACUACAAGGAUCUCAUAAAGGGAGAGCAGAUAACACCUUCACUUCUUAGGGCUAUUGAAGCCUCAAGGAUCUCAGUCGUUGUAUUAUCUGAAAACUAUGCAUCUUCCACUUCUUGCUUGGAUGAACUCCUUAAGAUCAUUGAGUGCAAGGACACUAAGGGUCAGCUGGUUUUGCCGGUCUUUUAUGGUGUGAAUCCAUCUCAAGUAAGAGAACAGAAGGGAAGUUUUGCAGAAGAUUUGGCCAAACAUGAAGACAAGUUCAGGGAUGAUGUCAACAAAGUAAAAAGGUGGAGGGCAGCACUAUGUGAGGCUUCUACUUUGUCUGGGUGGCACAUGGGUGACGGGCAAGAAUCAAAAUUUGUCCAGAGAAUUGUUGAGGAGAUAUUGAGUAAGUUGAACCGCACACCUUUCAAUGUUGCUAAGCAUCCUGUUGGAUUGGAUUCACCUAUUGAAGAUAUUAAAACACUUUUAGAUACUGGAUCAGAUGAUGUACAGGCUAUAGGAAUUUAUGGAAUUGGAGGUAUAGGGAAAACAACACUUGCUAAGGCUGUUUAUAACCAUAUUGCUAACCAGUUUGAGGGUAGUGCUUUCAUUGCAAAUGUUAGAGAAAUUUCAAGUCAAAGAUCUGGGUUAGUUCAACUACAAGAAGCUCUUCUUUCUGAGAAUUUGAACCACAGAUAUUGUAAAGUAGGAAACAAAGACAGAGGCAUUAAUAUGAUAAAGAAUAGGCUUUGCAGCAAAAAAGUUCUCAUAGUUGUUGAUGAUGCUGAUUCGUUGGAGCAACUGGAAUCAUUGAUUGGAGAAUAUAGUUGGUUUGGUUCUGGAAGUAGAAUCAUCAUAACAACUAGAGAUGAGCAUUUGCUAGUUGCUCACAAUGUGGAAACAAUCUACAAGGUCAACGAAUUAAAUCAUGGUCAUGCUCUUGAACUUUUUAGUUGGUUUGCAUUCAAAAAUCCAUGUCCUCCAACAAAUUAUGAGAAGCUUUCAUCCCACAUAUUAAACUAUGCCAAGGGACUGCCAUUGGCACUAACAGUUUUGGGAUCUCACUUUUGUGGUAGGGGAAAGGCUGAGUGGAUAAGUGCAUUAGCUAAACUGAAAAAAGCUCCAAAUAAACAGAUUUUUGAAAUACUUAAAAUCAGCUUUGAUGGAUUGGAAGAGAAUGAAAAGGCCAUUUUUCUUGAUAUUGCAUGCUUCUUUAAGGGAGAGGACAGACAAUAUGUGAAAAUGAUAUUAGAUGGCUGUGACCUACAUUCAGAUAAUGGUUUCGGAGUUCUAAUGGAGAAGUCUCUAAUUACUGUAGAAGUUAAUAAGAUUUGGGUGCAUGAUUUGCUACAGGAAAUGGCUAAAGAAAUUGUGCGUCUUGAAUCCCCCAAUGAUCCUAGUAAACGUAGCAGAUUAUGGUUUCAUGAGGAUGUUCUUCAUGUAUUAAAACACAAUAAGGGAAGUAACAACAUUGAAGGCAUAAGGCUAGAUAUACCAGAAUCAGAGACAGACUACAUAGAGGCCAAGGCCUUGUCAAGGAUGAAUAGACUCAGAAUUCUUAUUAUCAACAAUGUGCAUGUUACAGAUGAUAUCCAGUAUCUACCUGAUGAGCUAAGAAUUCUUAUUAUCAACAAUAUGCAUGUUACAGAUGAUAUCCAGUAUCUACCUGAUACGCUAAGAUUGAUUAAUUGGCCAAGAUACCCUUCUUCAACUCUACCACCAAAUUUCUAUCCAAGGAGGCUUGUCUGUCUAAAUAUGAGUCAUAGCCGCAUCAAGCAGUUGUGGAAGGGAGUUAAGAUAUUCAGAGACUUGAAACUUGUGUCUUUUAGCAGCUGUGAACACCUCAAAGAAAUUCCAGACUUCUCAAUGGUUCCAAACCUAGAAAGCCUAAGCCUAGACAACUGUAGAAGCUUAAUUAAGGUGCAUGUGUCUGUGGGAACUCUUGAUAAGCUUGUUACUUUAAACCUUCUAUUUUGCUCCAAUCUCAAGACCUUUCCAAGUCGUUUCAUGCUAAAAUCACUCCGUACUCUCCUCCUCACUGGCUGCUCAAAACUAAAAAAGUUUCCAGAGAUUGUGGGGAACAUGGAACAUCUUGAAGAAAUCCUUCUCCAAAGAACAGCAAUAAAAGAACUACCUGAGUCGAUUGAAUAUCUAAGCGGGCUGAAGUUCUUAUUCUUAGAGUCUUGCCAGAGUCUUGAGCAUCUCCCUAGUAGCCUUCAGAAGUUGCAAAACCUUACUACUCUUGAUCUAAGUGGCUGCUCUAAGCUUCAAAAGAUUCCGAAGCUACCCCCAAAUACAAGAUAUAUAGACUUGAGUAAUUGUAGAUCUUUGACAAGCUUUCCAACAUUAUCCAGCAUAUCAAAUUUUAUUGCAGAGGAUUUUCCAAGGUUUUAUCAAAUUAGAUUUGUUAACUGCCAUAAACUGAUAAAUAAACAAGUCCUAGAGCAUAUAACAAAUCUCUUCGGUAGUAAGGUUGUUUCACAAUGCCCACACUCUCUUUGUAUGUUUGUGUGUUAUUCCUGCAAAAUAUUUCAGACAUAAUUUUUUUUUGUUUUUUGGGCUUCAGGAUAUGAUGCUUCCAGAAUAUAUUUCUUGUGAAUUUGUACUUCCAGGGAGCAAGAUCCCAGAUUGGUUCCAAUACCAGAGUACUAAUUAUUCCAUUUAUCUUGAGGUGUCUUCAAGUUUAUAUGGUAAGCCCUUGGAGGUAUUUUUUGGCGCAGUUUUUGAGUUGGAUAAAGGUGUUACUACAACUGGCAUGUUUACAGGUGAAUUUGAUCUUAUUGUCAAUGAUACAAAGUUAAAUAUGUUUGCAACCCAUUUUGAGGCA